AUGGCUGAGCUUCAGCCGAUCUUUAAAAAGGCUUAUUGGGCCUUGGUAGCUGGAGGCUUUGUAUAUGUUUCAUGGCUAUACGCUAUGACAUAUCCUGGCCUUCAACGAGCGAUGGUCUAUAUGAACUUUGCCAAUCCAGCUAUAUGGCAAGACCUGAAUGAUGUGGAAAUUUUUGGAUUUCUCAAGACCCAAGUACAGCCGUUCUAUCUGAGAACCGCAGAUAAUGAGACCAUCUACGGAUGGCAUAUUCUUCCAUUACAUCUUUGUAGAGAACAUGAAGAGCUCCUGAACGAUAAUUGGUCAUACGGACCGGCAGAAGACUACACCGGCACAGUGGCAUACAAACUACUCGCCGAGAAUCCUCAUUCUCGGGUUGUGGUGACUUUCCACGGUAAUGCAGGUCAUCUCGGCUCCAUGAUCCGCCCGGUCAUGUACCGAAUGGCCUCAGGUGUUUCGACCCCAGAGAACCCUCUCCAUGUCUUCGCCAUUGAUUACCGAGGAUAUGGCUUCUCCACAGGCAAUCCUACGGAAGAAGGAGUCAUCACCGAUGGCGUAACAUUACUGAACUUCCUGACAUCUGACCCAUUUAAUAUAUCACCUUCACGUAUUGUAAUGACCGGACUCAGUCUCGGAACUGCAAUAACCUCCGCAGUCGCAGAGCGCUUCGCUUUCGGAGCUCCUGAAACAGCAACUGUCCAACCCGCACUGGCAGACCCCGAACCCUUCGCCGGUAUCAUUCUGGUGGCAUCUUUCAGCAAUAUUCCCGGUCUUGUUGAAUCAUACAGCUUCAAAGGUCUUACUCCGCCAAUGUUGUCGCCUUUCAAUAGCUUUCCUCAAGCCCAGACAUGGAUCAAGUCUCAGAUUAUCGAUACUUGGAAAUCCAACGCCCGUCUAGCGCGACUUACAGGUAUGAAACCGAAAGAAAAUGAUGAGGCUGAUAUAAGACAUGCUCAGAAGGCGGUGGAUAUCACUAUCAUCCAUGCACGCAAUGACGCCGAGAUUCCCUGGAAAGAGGGAUUCACGAAUUGGAUGUGGGCUACCACAGGUGGUGAUAACAGUCUAGGCUCUGAUCAACCUCAAAAGGGCACAAUUGUCUAUGAACGGAUCGGAGAAAACAGUAGAACGGAGACCCGAGUCUGGGAGAAAGAAGUUUCAUUAACGAGUUCCGCAGGCAAUAACAAGAAACAGGUGAAGCGUGUGAGGUGGGAGAAAGUUGGCUAUGGAGGGCACAAUCAUGUCGGGUCUUAUUCAGUUGCGACCCUGGCUAUUCUACGCUCGUUUGAGGAAUAA